AUGAAGACUCCAGAAGGUCAAAUAGCAAGAUGGUUGGAAAAGCUACAACAAUAUAACUUCAAAAUUCAACAUCGAUCGGGACGACUGCAUAAGAACGUAGACGCUCUGUCAAGAAGACCCUGUCAACAAGACUGCAGACAUUGUACGAAGAUCGAACAACACGAAGGCAUACCAACCAUUUGUCGUGUCGGGGUAGUAGCAGAUGAAGAAUGGACAACAGAACAGUGCAGAGCAGACCAACUGGAGGACCCGGAUAUUGGACCAAUUUUACACCUCAAGGAAGAAAUUGAAGACCGACCCACUUGGGCAGAAAUAUCGGACAAGGGACUUACUUACAAAGCACUAUGGAUCGUAAUUAUUGAUGCAGCAGUCCACGACACCACCAACUUGACACCGGCGAGGAUUAUUUUCGGCAAAGAAUUAAGACUCCCCUGGGAUUUGGUAUAUGUAACGCCUAACAGAGAAAAUAGAGAGGUACACGAUUACGCUGACCAACUGCGAAAAAGAUUACUGGAAGUUCACGACGUGGUUAGGGAGCGAAUCAAUAUAGCGACCGACAGGAUGAAGACACAAUAUGACCUUAGUACAAACUCCGCAGGAUUCCAGGAAGGUGACAGAGUUUGGCUCUAUAAUCCGCAAAGGAAAAAGGGGAUAUCACCGAAAUUGACACCAUCAUGGGAGGCACCAUUUACAGUGAUCAAGAGGAUUAAUGAUCUGGUGUACAGGAUCCAGCGCUGCCUCAAAAGCAAGAUGAAGGUAGUUCACUUGAACCGGUUGAUGGCGUACCAUGGUGACGAAGAGUCUGAUCGGGACGAUCAGAAUUAG